AUGUAUUCAGUUGAGUGGCAAAAGCGAGGAUUACCUCAUGCACACAUUUUGGUUUGGUUCAUCGACAAAAUCCGUCCUGAAGAAAUCGAUAGUAUCAUGUCUGCGGAAAUUCCAGAUCCAUCCACUGACCAACUGCUGUUUGAUAUUGUUACAACAAACAUGAUUCAUGGUCCAUGUGGUACUCUUAAUAGUUCAUCGCCUUGCAUGGCUGAUGGAAAAUGUACUAAAAAUUUCCCUAAAGAUUUUACCAAUGAUACGGUCACAAAUGUCGACGGAUACCCAAUAUAUCGUCGAAGAAAUCCUGAAAAUGGCGGACAAUCAUUUAUUAAAAAUAUCAUCAACACAGACAUUGAUAUUGACAAUCGUUGGGUGGUGCCAUAUUCGCCUCUGCUGAGCAAGACAUAUAAUGCUCAUAUUAAUGUUGAGUUCUGCAGUUCUGUGAAGAGCAUCAAAUACAUUUGCAACUCCAAUGAAGCUGCUUGGCGUAUCUUUGGUUUUCCAAUUCAUGAACGGGAUCCAACAGUUGUUCAUUUAGCCAUCCAUCUUGAAAACGGUCAGCGUGUAUUUUUCACGAACGAGACAGCGAUUGAUCGUGCAAUAAAUCCACCUAAAACUACACUCACUGCAUUUUUUGAAUUGUGUAAUCGUGCGGAUGAUUUUGGUUCCUUUGCACGAACAUUACUCUAUUCACAAGUACCACGCUAUUUCACAUGGACUCAAACAAAAACAUGGAUGCCCCGCAAGCAAGGCUCACCAGUUGCUGUAUGUCUCAAUUUAUUUAAAUCAAACGCCUUGGGGCGAUUAUUUACAGUCAAUCCAAGACACACGGAGUGCUUUUAUCUCCGACUGUUGUUGGUUAAUGUUACUGGCCCAUUAUCAUUUCAAGAUAUACGUAAAGUGAAUGGGCAACAAUAUCCAACGUAUAAAGAUGCAUGCCUUGCACUCGGCUUGCUGGAAGACGACAACCAGUGGGAAUGCAUGCUUGCUGAAGCUGCAUUGAACUGUACAGCAAUACAAAUUCGUCUACUAUUCGCUAUAGUGUUGACUACAUGUUUCCCAGCCCGAGCACAGAUAUUAUGGGAAAAUCACAAAGAUUCAAUGACUGAUGAUAUAUUGCAUCAACAAUUAGGAAUCUGUACCUUCGCGAGUCUUAACAGCUUCGACAAUAUUCUUCUUUAUGUUUAA